AUGGUGAUGAGUUUUAGAGUCUCGGAUCUUCAGAUGCUUCUCGGUUUUGUUGGCCGAAGUAAGAGUGGACUUAAACAUGAACUUGUCACCAGGGCUCUACAGCUUGUCCAGUUUGACUGCAGCCCUGAAGUCUUCAAGAAAAUUAAGGAACUCUAUGAGACUCGAUAUGCCAAGAAGAGCUCUGACCCUGUACAACCCCACCGGCCUUUGGACCCACUCACCAUACAUUCUUCCUAUGACCGGGGAAGCACUGUCCCCAGGACUUCUAUUUCUACUCCUAACAUUGACUAUCCUGUGCUAUAUGGAAAAUACCUAAAUGGUCUUGGACGAUUACCCUCUAAAGUUGUCAAGCCAGAAGUCCGCCUGGUGAAAUUGCCCUUCUUUAAUAUCUUGGAUGAAUUGCUGAAGCCAACAGAAUUAGUCCCACAGAAUAGUGAGAAGCUGCAGGAGAGCCCAUGCAUUUUUGCAUUGACGCCGAGACAAGUGGAACUGAUCAGAAACUCCAGGGAGUUGCAGCCUGGAGUGAAAUCAGUUCAAGUGGUACUAAGAAUCUGUUACACAGAUACUAGCUGCCCCCAGGAGGAUCAGUACCCUCCCAACAUUGCAGUGAAAGUUAACCAUAGCUACUGUUCAGUCCCGGGCUACUAUCCAUCAAAUAAACCUGGAGUGGAGCCAAAACGGCCCUGUCGUCCCAUUAAUCUCACACACCUCAUGUACCUAUCUUCAGCAACAAACCGAAUCACUGUCACCUGGGGGAAUUAUGGAAAGAGUUACUCAGUAGGUUUAUACUUAGUACGGCAGCUGACCUCAUCAGAAUUGCUGCAAAGGUUGAAAACUAUCGGAAUCAAACAUCCAGAGCUCUGCAAAGCCCUUGUCAAAGAGAAGUUGCGUCUUGAUCCUGACAGUGAAAUUGCCACCACAGGUGUCCGAGUGUCUCUCAUCUGCCCGCUAGUAAAGAUGCGACUCUCCAUGCCUUGCCGAGCUGAGACCUGUGCCCACCUGCAGUGCUUCGAUGCUGUAUUCUACCUCCAGAUGAAUGAGAAGAAACCUACCUGGAUGUGUCCUGUAUGUGACAAACCAGCCCCCUAUGACCAGCUGAUAAUAGAUGGCCUCCUGUCAAAGAUCCUAAGUGAGUGCGAGGAUGCAGAUGAGAUCGAGUAUCUGGUGGAUGGUUCCUGGUGUCCUAUCCGAGCCGAGAAGGAGAGGAGCUGCAGCCCCCAGUGCCCAAUCCUGGUCCUUGGAUCCUCUGAUGUGAAUGGGCUGUUACCCACCCCCAAUGGGAACAGUGAAAAUGGAAAGCCAAGUGCUGAUGUGGUGGACCUCACACUGGACAGCUCAUCUUCAGAAGAGGAGGAGGAAGAGGAGGAGGAAGAGGAAGAAGAUGACGACGAGGAAGAUGGCCCCCAACCGAAACGCCGCUGCACGUAUGAAAAAGGUCUAGUCUCCGCCUGCUGACUGGGGCCUGGAGCGAGCAUUGUCCUCUGGGGACAGACUUGAAUACUCUGGUGCUUACAAAACUGGGAGGGAGGCAGGUUGGUUGGGGGUGAGGGGUGUGGAGGGAGGAGGGAUUUUUUUCCCCACCCCCUUACCUCAUUCUUCCUCUUCAGUUUCUCUGGACUUGACUAUACAAAGCUAACAAUUAAAAAACGAGUAAACAAAAUACACACCACACACACACACAAAGCAACAAAAUUGAGCUGCUUCCCAGGUGGAAAAAAAAAAGACACAUUUGAGCCUGGAGGAAGGAGUGGGGCACCCAGGCUGGCUUAUUGGGUCCCGUUGAGUCCACCUUGCUGUCAGCAUGGGAGGCAGUCGCCCAGGAAGAGACUCCCAGCCCUGGCCAGCCUUCCCUCCCUGCCUCCACCCCCUCCCCAUCCCCAUCCCAACUGAACAUGUCUCCAUUCCAGGCCAUCUCCAAAGUUCCAUGCAUCUCUCUCUUGUUGAAUAACCAUUCCUGACUGUCUACACGCCUUGCUGGGUCUUUGGACGACGGGGGAGGGACGGGGGCGGGACGGGACUAUGGCGGCUGGUG